GGGUGACUCCGGCUCGCUCGCGCGGAAACGUUGGCGCCCUUCAUCUUCCGGACGCCUGAGUCCCUUUUGUCUUUUUUAGAACUACCAUUGAGGGGCACAGCGGGGGCCCGUGUCCUCAACCCGCAGCUGAGGUGGUGCUCUGAGCAGCCCUUUUGGUCAACUGUCCUAAGAUAAAUGGCCGGCAAAAAGCGAGGUGAAGUGCAGUUACAGACUGUCAUCAACAAUCAAAGCCUAUGGGACGAGAUGCUGCAGAACAAAGGCUUGACAGUGAUUGAUGUUUACCAAGCCUGGUGUGGACCCUGCAAAGCCAUGCAGCCUUUGUUCAGAAAACUGAAAAAUGAAAUAAAUGAAGACGAACUUCUGCAUUUUGUUGUUGCAGAAGCUGACAGUAUUGUGAGUUUGCAGUCAUAUAGAGACAAAUGCGAACCUGUUUUUCUCUUUAGUGUUAAUGGCAAAGUAAUUGCAAAGAUUCAGGGUGCAAAUGCACCACUAGUUAAUAAAAAAAUCGUUACCUUAAUCACUGAAGAGAAGAAGAUUGCAGCAGGCGAAAUGGUUCGUCCUCAGUACCCUGAUAUUCUGCUCAUAGAAUUAGAAAAGACUAAGAAAACUCCGGAAAGAGAAAUUUAUAACAUUGCUAUUAUCAAGCCUGAUGCUGUGCUUAAAGCAAAAGCUCAAGAAAUUAAAGAAAAAAUCAUCACAGCAGGAUUUGUCAUAGAAGCAGAGGAAAGGACCAUGCUCACUGAACAACAAGUGAGGGACUUCUACAGUCAGAUAGCAAACCAGCCUGACUUUGAAGAGUUCCUGACUUUUAUGACAACUGGUCUGAGCUAUGUGCUAAUUAUAGCUCCAGGAAAAGAACAAGGUCAUAUGGAAGAAAGUGAGAUACAGCCCAAAGAACCAACAGAGAGUGAAGUUAAGAAGUGGAACAGUUUGCAAGAGUACCUGGAACAACAACAUCUAUCUCAGUUUUGUGAUGUGGAGGACAGGGAAGCUAGUGUAACUAAGUUCACUGAGGUUUUCUUCCCUGGUUUUAAAAUAACCAAGGGCAAGAAAUUACAAAAGACAAUGGCAUUGCUGAGACCAGACCUCCUGGAAAAGCAAGAUGAUGUUUUGAAUAUUAUUAAAGAUGAAGGCUUUAAGAUACUGAUGGAAAGACAAAUAGUAUUAUCAGAAGAACAAGCAAAAAUGCUGUGUGAGGAAUUUGAAAAAGAAAACUAUUUUGAGAAGCUUAUAGAAAAUAUGACCAGACAUCCAUCUCUUGCCCUUGUGUUACAAAGAGAGAAUUGUGUGCAACACUGGAAAGAGUUACUGGGACCAAGCACUGUUGAGCAAAUCAGUGAAUAUCAUGCAGAGAGUUUAUGCGCACAGUUUGCAGUGGGAAGUUUGCCUGUCAACCAGUUGUACGGAAGUGAUUCAACAGCGGUUGCUGAAAGGGACAUGCAGUGCUUCUUUCCUCCUGAGAACACUUUCGCACUAAUUAAGCCACAUGUGACCCAUGAACAAAGAGAGGAGAUCCUGAAGCUCAUCAAGGAGGAGGGGUUUGAACUCACUCAGGUGAAGGACAUGCUCCUCACUCCUGAGCAAGUGGAGAAGAUUUAUAUCCAAAUAACAAAGAAAAACUUCUACAAAGAUGUCUUAGAAGUACUAUCUGAGGGUCCAUCUUUGGUCAUGGUUCUGAGCAAGUGGAAUGCCAUUGCAGACUGGAGACGAUUGAUGGGCCCAGUAGACCCAGAAGAAGCAAAACUACUGUCCCCAGACUCCAUCCGGGCCCAGUUUGGAAUAAGCAUCUUGAAAAAUGCUGUCCAUGGAUCAACUAAUCCCUAUUCGGUAACAGAGAGCAUCAAUGAAUUAUUUGGAGAAGAUGUGGAGGAGCAGUAAGAACAUUGAAAAGACAAUACGUGAAGUCCCUGCAGCAUAAAAUCACGUGGCACAGCUUCCAGGGGGGAAGAAUAAGAAAGACUUUCUUUGGAGGAAAACACCUUUCAAGAUCAGAAAAGCGGACAAUGAAGCGCGAUAACAAUAAAAACUGUGAGCCACAAA